AUGAUUGUAUCCGGCGCCUGCACCGCGAUAGUGCUGCUUUUGACCUUUGGUCUUAUGGGACGACAUGCGACGCGCAUGAGCAACCCUGAGCAACAAAUCAAAAUAAUGCGAAUCGUCAACAUGAUCCCCUCCUACCAAGUCCUAUCCUUCAUCUCGAUCUGCGUUCCCAACUCCUACAUCUACCUACAAGGGUUCACCGAAGUGUUCCAGGGCAUUGCUCUAUACGCUUUCCUGAUGCUGCUUUGCGACUUUCUGGCUCCCACGGACCAGGACAAAGUAGCGUUCUUCUGUUCGCUCGAGACCAAGAGACAGUGGCAACCAAAGAAAAAGAGAAAUGGUCUGGCAUUUUUAAGCUUGACCUGGUGGUCUGUCCUCCAGUAUCCCAUCAUCACCUGGAUUACAGCAGUUGCCCAGGUGGUGACCCAGUUGCUGCAUAGGUACUGCCUUGGAAGCAAUGAACCACACUUUGCUCACGUUUGGAUCACGGUUGCCACAUCUCUGUCGACAUCAGUAGCCGUCAACGCCAUCAUUCAGUUCUACGUGAACAUGAAAGGUUACAUGAAAGAGAACCACCCGCUUACCAAGUUGCUGGCAUUCAAGCUGAUCGUAGGGCUGGUCAUAUUGGAAAAGAUCCUCUUCCUCAUCUUGCAGGGCGUCAAUGCGCUCCAGGUAAAUGACACAUUGACCUACGUCGACGUCCUAAUAGGCCUGCCAGAGAUGGUCAUCUGCGUACAGAUGGUUCCGCUCUGCUUCCUGGUCCUCUACGCCUACCGGACAAAGCCUUACGAAAUUUCCAACGCUGCUCGGACCGUGACCCUGCAGCCGCGCGCGUACCAGGCCCUCGAGUCAGACCACGACGAGGAGGCCUUGGUGAGUGAAUCCCAGAGACGUUAUCAGGGUGGCUGGCUGGGGCUGCACGCCUGGGCCGCCUACUUGAACCCGCUGGGACUUCUUCUCGAUGUCAUCUCCGCACAUAGAAUGAUCUCCAAGGCUCGGGCUCUGCAAAAGAGGCAGAUGGAGCAGGCGCAGAAGGCAGAGCAAAUGGCAAGAUAUGAGACUGGAUAUGACAUUCCCUUGGGCGCAUGA